CAUACUUACCUUGAUGGCAUAAGCUCCUUCAUGGACCUGGGCUUUUGGGCCGUGGGAACACUCCAUAGCACGGCGACCCUGUCCAUUCAGAGUGGGCCUGCGGUUUGUAUGGGCUUCGGCUCAUGCACCGUCUCAAUAUUUUCCUGUUCCGCCACGGCCACUCGGCUAGGCGGGCCCCCUCUUUUUUUUGGUCCUUCAAUGGGUCUAACCCUAACCUAUGGGAUAAUUGCGCUUUGACACCGUUUAGGCUAUGUCAUCAUAGUAACCAUUCAACCAAUACAUUUCCGUUACCUGUAAGUAGUUGAGCUUAGCGCUGCCGGGAGCUGGGACUUCACACGGGUAACCAGCCCGGCCUCGGGUUGUGUCCUGUUUGAGCGACUGAGGUUGAUGGACUUGCCUCCACCAUAGGCGAAGGCACGGCAACUUGCCGCAGAUGAGUGGUGGAUGUGUGAUCAGCCGGAGCUCUUCGUGGCUCAUUUUCCCGCUGACUCAGCCAUGAUGUGUCAAAGCGGCGUUGCCCUUGGAGCACGCGAUGACGCCGCAAUCUUCAACUGAUUGGCGUGUUCUGUGUUUAUAAGCGAACGAGAUUUAAGAGUUGGUAAGCACCGUCUUUCCCACCUAUUCACAAUGCAGCGCCAAAUUAUUCUGUACACUGCCCGGGUCUGCCCAUUCGCUCACCGCGUUGAGCUCGCGUUGAACGAGGCCAAGGCGUCUUUCACGCGCUUCGAGAUCGAUCUGUCCAACAAGCCGACAUGGUACGCGCCCAAGGUCAAUCCCGCGAGCAAGGUUCCUGCGAUCGGUAAGAAUGUCAGCCAACCACUGGCUCCACAUUACUCACCAUUCACAGCGUACGGCGGCGCUCAAUCAGCCCCGGAGGACCCGUCCCCCGACUCCGACAAGAUCGCUGAAUCGCUCGUCCUGCUCGAAUUUGUCGCAGAUCUCUUCCCAGAAUCGGGCAUCUUGCCCAAGGAUCCGGUGCAGCGCGCCAAAGCGCGGUUCUUCAUCGAUGCCGUCAGCACGAAGCUCCUCCCGGUCUACAUCGGGCCCCUCGUUAAGGGCACGUCGUUCGACGCGUUCCUCGACGCGCUCGCGGCGCUGCAGGAUCUGCUGCCAGAGGAAGGCAAGGGCCCGUAUCUGCUCGGGGAGCAGUUCAGCGCGGCGGACAUCGCGUUGGCGCCGUUCCUGGCCCGCACGGAGGUCUGGUUGAAGGGCAGCAUCGGCGCGUUUUCGGCCGAGGCGGGGGAGAAGGCGGCGCAGGAGCUGUACCACGGCGAUCGGUUCAGGAAGCUUGCCAAGUAUUACGAGACGAUCAAGCAGCGGGACAGCUUCAAGGCAACAUGGGACGCGGACGUCAUCAAGACUUACUACUCCGCUCGCUUUUCACCUCUGCGAGCCGCCGCUACACCGGUGGCUGCGGCAGCGUAAUUCCAGCCUUACUCGAUUCGUUACACACACGUCUCAGACGAUCCCCCACGAGGCGUUCUCGACAAUCCCAUCGUCCAGCGGCGCGAACUUGACAAACUCGAACUCGGGGAUUCCGACAUCGUUCUUCUUGGCAUUUUUGUCUUCGGGGAAAUAAUCCCGGAUGAACACUGAGAUGGUGACGUUCCCAGCUGCGGGGUACCCCCUUAGCUCGUGGUCGUUCCAGAGCCUCUGUCUGAGAGAAAGUUCUCACCCGUGAUGGUCAGAUUAUGUUUGCAGAUGGGAUUCCUGCUCGACAGUAAGAACAGGCAUAGUGAAA